UUGUUGGCGCACACUUCUCAGAUUGGCGCUGUGAUGGGAAAAGGUGGGAAGAACAUUAAAAGAGUGAAGAGUGAUAGCGGUGCUAAGUUUAUCAGAAUCUUGCGGACCCACCCACAUUCCACUGAACGACCACCAAUUGAUUCAGGUCAGAUUGUUGGUGGCAUUUUGGCUGUGAAGAAAGCACUGAUUGAUGUUUCUACCAGUCUCCAAGACAAAACCCCAACCCCUUUAAAUAGACCUAUUGGAGGCUCUUCUUCUGGAGCCUCUCCUGAUGAGUUUUUCCCAAAUCUUAGUACAUUGUUUCCAGCUUUGCCUGGUAAAAACAGUUAUUUGAAUGUAAAUACUUGGUCGUCUGAUGCAGUUUCGGCCCAAGAAUUGAGCGAUAAACAAGAAGUUAUAUUCAGAAUGCUCUGUUCUAAUAAUGCAGCUGGUUAUGUGAUUGGCAAAAAAGGAACUAUAGUCAGAGCUAUGCAGAACGAAGCUGGCGCUUCUAUAAUGUUUGCAGUUCCUUUAACGGAGUCCCGUGAGCGUGUGGUCACCAUCUCUGCGUGGGAGAACAUUGAAUCCUGCUACUCUCCUGCACAAAAGGCUGUAGCUCUUGUAUUCACUAGAAUUAUUAAGGGAAUCGUUGAAAGGUAUCCACCAGGCUGGAGUCAGGGAAGACUUGUAACUGCAAAGCUUCUAGUUGCAUCGGACUCGGUUGGUUGUUUGGGUGGCAAUGAAGGUGAGGUGCUUUCAGAAAUGAGAGGACUCACUGGUGCUGAUAUACGGAUACUGGAUGGGGACCACAUUCGGAAUUGUGCUUCAGGGAAUGAUGUAGUAGUACAGUAUAGAAGUGUACAGGAUGCUCUGUUUCAAGUCACUUGUAGUCUAAGGGAUAAUCUUUUGCCGGGUGAGGUGCGCAAGGCAGUAAGAGCGAAGUACCCGUAUAUGAGAUUGAUCGUGGACCCUCUGAGAAAUGAUCCUGUUCCUCACAACAUAGGUGCUCUUUCUCCAUCAAGGUUGCCAUUCCCAAAGACCUUGGGAAGAGGACAAACAACAGCAAUCUCAGAUAGUGGAAGUGGCUUGAGAACAUUUGGUGAGGAUUUACAGCUUGGGAGGUCAGUAUUUCGUGACAGACUAUUGAUAUUUUACUUUUAUUUUUUCUGAA